AUGAACGGCAUCCCUCACUCCCAACUAGCCCCUCUGCCUACCCAAGUCCCCUUUCGCAUCGUCUCUCCAACAAUUGGGUCGGGAGCCUACGCAUGUAUCAAGAAAGCAGCCCCAGAACAUGCCGAAGCCCCUGUCUUUGCCGUCAAAUUUAUCAAUAAGCUCUUUGCUCAAAAAUAUGGUCGAAUUAAGCAGAAGCAGCUGGAGAUGGAAAUCUCGCUGCACAAGCACAUUGGAGUGCACAAAAACAUAAUAGAAUUCUACGACCAUGGAGAUGAUCCUUCUUGGAAAUGGAUUGCAAUGGAGUUGGCCGAAGGAGGCGAUUUGUUUGACAAAAUCGAGGCCGAUGCUGGCAUUGCCGAGGACAUCGCACACGUGUAUUUCACACAGCUUGUAAGCGCAAUCGGCUUUAUGCACUCCAGGGGCGUCGCCCAUCGAGAUAUCAAGCCCGAAAACAUCCUCCUUUCCGCCGACGGUGAUCUGAAACUUGCAGACUUCGGUAUGGCCACCCUGUUUGAGUAUCACGGCAAAAGAAAACUAGCAACGACUUUAUGUGGAAGCCCACCAUACGUUGCUCCUGAGGUUCUGUCUUGUAGUACACAGGCAGGUAGCAAGGGCAGUGGCUAUGCAGCCGACAUGGCCGAUGUUUGGUCUUGUGGUGUGGUUCUCUUCGUUUUACUCGCUGGCAACACUCCUUGGAGUCGACCCUUGGAAGGACGGGACGAGUACGGCCGUCCAAACGAAUUUAGCGAGUACAUUGAGAGCAAAGGCAAGCCAGACGAUGAGCUUUGGAAGUCGCUCCCAAACGAGGUGCUUUCAUUGCUUCGAGGCAUGAUGAAGGUUCCCGUCGAUUCUAGAUUCACUUUGGAAGACGUUCGAAGACAUCCAUGGUUUACGCGGCCCAACAAAUUCAUGGAUCCCAAGGGCAGGCUCAGUGAUCCUAUUACCAUGGCUACAAAUAUGUUUGAAGCUCUCCAUGUUAGCUUUGAUGCCAACCCUUUCGCGGGGACCCAGCGAAGUCGGCCAUCUGACUCAAUGGAUAUCGAUCAUUCCUCAUUCGACAAGUUUGCAUCUACGCAGCCAGACAUGCCUUCGGAGGACAUGUUGUUUGACUGGGAGAGGCCUCGGAAUCUUGCCAUGGCAAGCACACAAGUCGGUACUGGAUUGACUGGUAUUCGCUCUACGCAAGCGAUUUCAAGACCCAGUUUCUUCGACCUGGAUGCAGCCAUGUCACAAUUUCAGCCUACUCCCAGCGUGCCCAUCACCACAACACAAAAUGCCCGCAAAUUCCGUGACAUUUUGCCUGCACAGAGUCUCAACAAGUUCUACUCGACAUGGGCGCUGAGCUUGCUUGUGCCACACGUGCUCGAGGCCUUGAGUCGCCUGGGCGUUCCAACCCCAAACGUACCUCGACCUUCGGCGCACGAACAAGAGUUUGUCCUUAAGAUCAAGACUCAGGAUAGUCGCGGCUGCCCGUUAAGUGGAAAUGUAGCAGUUGAGAUUGUUGCAGAGGAUGUUGCAGAGGUGUGCUUUGUCAAGGCGUCUGGCGAUCCUCUGGAAUGGCGACGUUUCUUCAAGCGAGUGGCUGUUCUUUGUCAAGAUGCAGUACUCAAAUGA